GCAUGCGCACGGGCAUCCGGUCUUUUUCCCCUAGCGAGGCCGGGCUUGCAGGUCUGAGAGGAGCCGCGGUCGCGGGGGUCUGUUCCGCAGGAUGGGGUUUGUUAAAGUUGUCAAGAACAAGGCCUACUUUAAGAGAUACCAAGUGAGGUUUAGAAGGCGACGAGAGGGCAAAACUGACUACUAUGCUCGGAAACGACUGGUGAUCCAGGACAAAAAUAAGUACAACACACCCAAGUAUAGGAUGAUAGUCCGUGUGACUAACAGAGACAUCAUCUGCCAGAUUGCAUAUGCCCGUAUAGAAGGGGACAUGAUAGUCUGCGCAGCAUAUGCACAUGAACUGCCAAAGUAUGGGGUGAAGGUCGGCCUGACCAAUUACGCUGCAGCGUAUUGCACUGGCCUGCUGCUGGCCCGCAGGCUUCUCAAUAGGUUCGGCAUGGACAAGAUCUACGAAGGCCAGGUGGAGGUGACUGGAGAUGAGUACAAUGUGGAGAGCAUUGACGGUCAGCCCGGUGCCUUCACUUGCUAUUUGGAUGCAGGUCUCGCCCGAACUACAACUGGCAAUAAAGUUUUUGGGGCCCUGAAGGGAGCUGUGGAUGGAGGCUUGUCUAUCCCGCAUAGUACCAAACGAUUCCCUGGUUAUGACUCGGAAAGCAAGGAGUUCAACGCAGAAGUGCAUCGGAAGCACAUCAUGGGUCAGAAUGUUGCAGACUACAUGCGCUACCUGAUGGAGGAAGAUGAAGAUGCCUACAAGAAACAGUUCUCCCAGUACAUAAAGAACAACAUCACUCCAGACAUGAUGGAGGAGAUGUACAAGAAAGCCCACGCUGCUAUCCGAGAGAACCCAGUCUAUGAGAAGAAGCCCAAGAGAGAAGUGAAGAAGAAGAGGUGGAAUCGUCCCAAAAUGUCCCUUGCCCAGAAGAAAGAUCGGGUUGCUCAAAAGAAGGCAAGCUUCCUCAGAGCUCAGGAACGCGCUGCUGAGAGCUAAAGCAGUUUCUAUGAAGAUUUUUUUCAUAAAGACAAUAAACUUAUUAGCCAAGAAGCUA